GAAUUUGACCCCAACAGACAUUGUGGUGUCAUGGAUCCUGAGACCAAGAAACCUUGUACAAGGUCACUCACAUGCAAGACUCAUUCACUUAAUUAUCGGAGAGCGGUACCAGGACGAAGAAAACAGUUUGACAUUCUUCUUGCUGAACACAAAGCUCGCUCAAAGGAGAAAGAAACUGUAAAAGACAAGGAACACCUACAAGUGUCAAAAGAAUCUCAUCAGAGUCCGUCUAUGCCUCCACAAGAGCAAGUUGCAGUACCUUUAACUAACCCUGGUUUGGAGCAUAAAGUUACAUCGCCAGCAAAAUCAAGACUGCUGAAUACUGCCCUUGCCAGCAGGGGUUCAUCUAUUGGCAGCUUAAGUAGUUUGGGCACUAUAUCCAACAGUGCAACAGUAUUGGAAUUGCCAUUGCCCAUAAUUGGAGAUUUAGCAAGCCGAUUAUCCAGUGAUGAAGGAGAAAUGGAUGGUGCAGAGGAAGCCGAAAAACUGGACUGUCAAUAUUCGGGGCACCACCCAAGGCCACUUGGUUAUUGCACUUUUGGGAGUCGCUUGAUGGGCAGAGGUUUCUAUGUCUUUGACAGACGAUGGGACCGUUUUCGACUGGCACUUAAUUCAAUGGUAGAAAAACACCUAAAUUCACAGAUGUGGAAGAAAAUUCCUCCUGCAGCGGAUAGCCCGAUGCCAUCUCCUGCAGCACCUGUUAACACAACAUUUUCUGCAUCAGUGCUACAGCCUUUGAGCAGCCCUUCAGCAGCUUAUCUUGCUUCAAGUUCACCAAUUACUCCGUCUUGUGUAAUGACAGCCCCGGUUUUGUCGUCAACAGGAUUUGCAACCACAGUGGACACCAAUUCCAUCAUGUCAUACACUGCUGCCUUUCCACAGGCAGCAACUGCAUUUAAUUUGAUGGACUCUGGGUUCAAGGCCCCUUCGUUGUUAUCACCAGUACCCAUGGUCAUACCUUCCCCAUCACUCAGUAAACCACUGAAAACAAAAACCAGCAGAUCCUCCAAAGUUAAGGACUUAUCUUCACGCAGCGACAAGGGCUCGUGUAAUAAGAGGAAGAAACCACCUCCGCCACUGCCUCCUGCCACCUCCCCAUUUCCAUCGUCAUUACAGACUUCAUCUUCAACGUCAUCAUUUUCAGGGUCGCACAAAAGGAACUGCGUGUUGAACCCUGGCACCACAUUGAAUUCAUUUCCUGCAACAUCUUCGUACAGCGCAAUGUCUGUGCACAAUACGAACAACGGAACCAAUGCACUUAGUGCCAAAAUAGACUCCUCAGGACGGACUUCCUUGCCUGGCAGCUCAACAGACUCCAUUAAACACAUGAGCAUGGUUGUGAGCAGUAUUGACCCCACUCUGUCUGUUUCUUCCCUGGUGCACCACGCAGGGGACCAUGCACUAGCAGCACACAGUACAAUGUCUUCGCUGCCCCUUCCUUUUGACAAGUCAGAGGGGAAAAAGCGUAAAAACUCUAGUUCCAGUAGUAGAUCCAGCAAAAUAACCAAAAUGCCUGGUAUGAACAGUGUUCACAAAAGAAGUGCUGCCAAUGUUAUGUCUUCAGUCACAGAAUCUAACAAUUCUGUCUCUCGCCAGGUAAGAAUUCUGGUUUUAAUUUUUUUGUGCAAAACUUGUCCUAAUUCGGGACAGUUAAAGAGUUUGCCUUUUUUGUGCUUCGGUGCAUUACUAAAAGAUCACUGA